CAUCACACACUUUAACCAGAGACGGAGGACGGGUCGUCACAGGCAGCAUUUGGAGUUGGUCGGAGGAGGCUUGGUGCCCUGUUUUGGAUCAGACACCAGGGCUCGGAUGUUUCCUGUUUACAGAAGAGAAGGUACACAUGUGAGCAUCCUGUUUGACCGGAUGAUCUCCUGAUGGAACCUCCUUCAUACCAAGAGGCCACUCUCCACCCUCCUGCUCUGAACACUCAAGGACUGAACACCUCACCUCCCCCCUCCUACUACGCCUCCCUCUCCUCCCCCCCCACGCCUCCUCCCACCUACGGAGAAGCAGUUACGAUCCAGCAGGAUCCAUUUCCUGUCCUGUCUCUGCCCUCUGUGCCGACAUCUGGGAGCUCAACUCUUCAAAACACUGGAGACAUAAUCCAUCCACGCACACAAGUUGGUGCAACACAGACUGUCCCCAUCGCACUGUCAAAUCUGACGAGGAAGCCUGGUUUGGUACGCUGCCCACACUGCCACCAAACUGUUACCACUAAAGUCACGUACCAACCCAGCAAGGAUGCCUGGGGCCUGUGUAUACUUCUGGCAGUGUUGGGGCUGUUCUGUGGUUUCUGUCUGAUCCCGCUCAUUGUUCAUGGACUACAAGAUGCAAAUCACUCCUGCCCACAGUGUGGAAAACAUGUGUUCACUUACACAGAACCAAACAACCAGGAAAGCUCGAGGUGAUGAUGCUGUAAGUGAUGUACAGAGGAGAUUAUGGACGGACAGAAGACAAGUGGAUUGUGCUGCAAGAGCAGUUUGAGACGUGUCCGUGGACAUUUUUGUUUCAUUUUCAUUUUUCAUAAAAACCUGAUUCUUUUAACCAACGAGAAUCCAGACUCACCACAGCUGCUUUAUACACUUAAAAACACUCAUUUUGAUUUGAAAUUAUCAUAUUCUUGUAAAUAUGCGGUGGUUAGCACCGCCGGCUCACAAGAAGAGGGUUCGGGGUUUGAAGCUGAUGCCGAUCGGGGGUUUCUCUAUGUGGAAUUAAUAUGUUCUUCCCGUGUCUGCGUGGGAUUUCUCCAGCUUCCUCCCACAGUCCAAAAACACAAAGUUAGGUUAAUUGAAAACUCUAUUUUGCCUAUAAGCGUGAAUGUGAACGGUAGUUUGUCCCAGUUUAAUCUGGGUUUAGCUCCAGAUAACUCCCCAUGACCCUCAAAGGAUAAGCGAUAUAGAUAAAGGAUAAAUCUUCUUAUUGAUGAAUCCUAAUGAAUUACUCCAUGAAGUAUUCUUUUCUCCAGGUACUCCAGCUUCCUCACAGUCUAAAAACAGGCAGUUUAGGUUAAUUGGAGACACAUUAGCAUUUCUAAUAUAUACAAGUUAUGAAUUUUUGUUGUUGCAUAUUUGAUAUUUUGUAAAGAACGUGUAGGGGUGGGUUUCAUUGCUGUCAAAAACAAGGAGGAACUGAAUAUUGACUUCAUCCUUGUAGCGUUUGACCACAACUCAGAGCACAAACAAAAGACUGAGAGGACAUUGCCGACAAACGAGUUUAUGUCCAGUCCAGGGACUGAUUUACAUGAACAAACAUGAUAAUGAGCUGUUUUACAUAUUCAAAUACUAAAAGGACAGAUAUUGAACAUUUACCAAAUGUAAUGAAAUGGAGGAAACUUGUCCAGGUGUGAAUGUCGGACAUGUUUAAAGUAAACAAAGCUGAAUGGAAAAUGGAUUUACUCAGCGCAGGGAUUUUUUUUUACCCUGCUCAGCCAUGGUAAACCCAUACAGGUAGUUUUAUUCAUCUGAGCAGACUUCUACUCAGUGUGUGUGUGUGUGUGUG